AUGACGAACUUAAGCGAAAUUCAAGAAAAAGAAUUGUUUAACGCUAAUUUUCAAUAUGGUCGUUGGUUGUCCUCACCUCCAACUGGUGAAGAAGUGGUCAUAUCUGGCAUGUCUGGUCGUUUUCCAGAAUGUGAUAAUGUCUACGAGUUUCGUGAUAAUCUGUUUAACAAAAAGGAGAUGUUUACCGAAAAUGAGAAAAGAUGGAAAAUCAAUCAUCCAGAUGUACCGAAACGAAGUGCUCACAUCAAUAAUAUUGACAAACUGGAUGCUGGGUAUUUUGGGCUACAUUAUCGUCAAGCUGAUAAUUUAGACCCUUCCAUGAAAGUUUUGAUGGAAACGGUCAUGGAAGCUAUUAUGGAUGCAGGAGUCAAUCCGUUAGAGCUUAAAGGAAGCAAAACUGGCGUGUUCAUCGCUUUUUCUUGUUCAGAUGUGGAAAAUCUUACUAUCAUGGGUAUGACGGAACCACAAAAGUUUACCGCUACCGGCUAUUUUAAAUCCUUGAUUGCUCAUCGCCUCAGCUAUUUUUUGAAACUAAAAGGACCAUCAUUCAUAGCUGACACUGCUUGUAGCAGUUCUGGAAAUGCUCUCCAUUCAGCGUUCAAAUCCAUGAGAAGUGGUGAAUGUGAAAACGCAAUAGUCGCUAGCUGUAUGUUGACUAUCCAUCCUGGAGGCACUAUUCAAUUUUUUCGCUUAGGAGUUUUAAGUCCGGACGGAAUACCAAAAAUAUUCGAUCAGGACGCAAACGGUUACGUUAGAAGUGAGGCUUGUGCUUGUAUUUUGCUCCAAAAGUCUAAAAAUGCGAAACGAAUUUACGCACAAGUUAUUAAUACCAAAGUGAACUGCGACGGUUUUAAAAAGGAAGGAAUAACAUAUCCUUCAUCGCAAAUACAAGAAAAGCUUAUGACUGAAAUAUAUAAAGAAAGUGGCAUUAAACUUUCAGAAGUGAGCUACGUCGAAGCACAUGGUACUGGCACUCAAGCUGGUGAUCCUGAAGAAGUUAAUGCUAUAGACAGGGCUCUGGCCAAAAAUUGUGAAAAGCAGCUUCUCGUGGGUUCAGUAAAGUCAAAUAUCGGUCAUACAGAGCCUGUUUCAGGUCUGUGUUCAAUUAUAAAGGUGUUGAUUGCAAUGGAAACCGGAUUUAUACCACCUAAUAUCAACUUGAAAAGAGUUCGAAAAGGACUGGAAGGAAUUGAACAAAAUAGAAUGAAAAUUGUGACAGAAGCCACUGAGCUUUUAAAAAAUGAUGCAAUUGUAGGUGUUAACAACUUUGGUUUCGGAGGUAACAACUGUCAUGUGAUACUAAAAAGGUUCAAAAAACAGAAAAUCGAUAGUGGAUUGCCAAAAGACGACGUUCCUAGAUUAAUUUGUGUCAGCGGUCGCACUAAUGAAGCAGUUUUGAAAAUUUUAGACGACGUUAGUAACAAAAGCUUGGAUGAAGAAUACGUCGGUCUUCUCCAUCAGUUAUAUAAAAUUAAUAACCCAAAUCAUUUACAUCGAGGAUAUGCACUGGUUUCCAAACGCGGUCUUAUAUCAAUGUCAUCAAAAUUAUUGCCUUCCCACAGACCACAUUUGUAUGUAUUUUUCGGACAAUUCGUCAAUAAUUUCCGCAUACUGGCGUCUUACUUAAAGAAGUUUUCGAUCUUCGAAUACGUCGAAACAAGGGUUAAUGAAAUUUUGGUGCUUAACAAAGUAAAAACGUUUAAAGAAAUUUUAGAAACAAAGACAAACGUCGACGAAGAGGUAUUAGGAUCAAUAUGUUUGCAGUUAAUAUUGGUUGGUAUUAUCAAAGAAUUGAAAUUGUUUCCAACUCGCGUUUUUGGUGUCGCUUCUGGUAAAAUCGCUGCUGCUUACUGUAACAACUUUAUUCAACUGAAAGAAGCUGUGUCAACAGCGGUAAAACUUAGUAAAGCAAAUUCCGAUAUUAAUUUAAAUUUCCAAUUACUAUCAAACUUGAUGGAUUCAAAAAAUAAAAACAUGUUAAACGAGGAUUAUUCAACAUUCCUAAAUUCUAAGAAAGCAUCAGUAGGCACAUUACUUAAUAUAUCCGACCUAUGGCUCAGCGAUGAAGAUAAUUUACUGGUAGAAAAUGGUGGCUUGAAUUUAUUGUACCUUUUAGGAAGAUUAUAUACAGAAGGUUAUCAUCUUCAAGUUCAUAAACUGUAUCCACAAGUAGAAUUCCCUGUAAGUAGAGGCACAUCCAUGAUUUCACCUUCUAUUCGAUGGAAUCACGAAAAAUCAUGGUAUACCUACAAAUUCAGUGAAUUUAUAUCAUCGGACGCUGAUCAGAGAGAAUACAGAAUUUCAUACUUACACGAGGAACAUCAGUUUAUCAAAGGCCAUUGCAUCGAUGGGCGCAACCUUUUCCCUGCUACCGAAUAUUUAAAUUUAGUUUGGCAAACCUAUGCACAGAGUCGACGAUUAUUAACCACCGAUAUUCCCGUUUUAUUUGAAGACUGUAAAUUUAUCAGAGCUGUUACAAUUCCUAAUAGUGGUUACGUGAAACUGCUUGUAACGAUUCAAAGGGGCACAGGCAAUUUUGAAAUUCUAGAGAAAGAUUCGUUAAUAGUUAGUGGUCGUCUCCAAAUUUGCCCAAAUGCAAGCCAGCAGCAAAUUAUGUUACCAAAAUUUAAUUCCUUCAAUGACGAUAAGCUGGAAGUAUUGGAACAAGACGAUAUUUAUCGAGAAUUUUACCUAAGGGGUUACAAUUACAGUGGUUUAUUCAAAUCAAUUAAACGGUGCACUAUAGACGCUUCUGUUGGUUUGAUUAAAUGGAAGAACAACUGGUGUGCUUUUAUGGAUAAUAUGCUUCAAAUGAAAAUUCUUCAGUCUGACACAAGGUUGCUUUUCGUUCCUGUUGCCAUUAAGAAAAUAAUUAUAGACCCCUUAAAACACAUGGAUAUUGUGAACCAACGGGAUUCAGACGAAUGUCUUCUACCUGUUUAUGGGAACAAGAAUUGCAACUUGAUCCAGUCUGGCGGAAUUGAGAUACAUGGAGUCCAAGUAAAAUCUAUUUUCAAGAAAAAACCACCACUGGAACUAGUUUUAGAAAAGAACGUGUUUAUCCCAAAUAAUUUAUCGUUAGGAUUAGAAGAAGCUGUGAGAGUCAACACACAAAUUAUCUUAGAAAAUAGUUUAGAGAGCAAUUUCAAAGCUGUGGAAAUUGUCAACGAAUUCACGGAUAUAAAUGCGAAAUAUAUCUUAGGUUUUGUCGAUAAAGCCUUAGAACACAUUCCUGUAGUAACACCUGAUCUAACCAUUUCGUCAGAAACAACCAUAGAUGAGACACCUGGAAUAAAAUUGGAAACUGUUACGUUAACUCCUCAAAUUAGCACAAACGGAUUUAUCCUUACACGGGAAGAUAUCGGUUUCAAUUUGGAAAAAGAUAUUACUGAAGCAGAUAUUCUAACUGACUAUGUAACACCAAACGAAAGAAUAAUUUUAUUGCGAAGAAAAAUGGAAAAUGUUGAUCAGAAGUUUGUUGAAAUAUCUUCUAGUAAUUUCAACUGGAUCUCGGAGUUACAAAACGCGUUAAAUCUAGGAACAGAUGUUAUAACGUAUGCGACUAACACAAAUCCCGAAGGAAUAUUAGGUUUGAUAAAUUGCAUCAGGCGUGAAGCCAGUGGACACUUAGUUAAGUGUUUCUUCAUGAUGGACGAUGCUCCAGAAUUUGAUCCCCAAAAUCCGUUCUAUAGCAAACAAAUUAGUAAAAACUUGGCUGUAAACGUAUAUAAGGACAAAUCGUGGGGAACAUAUCGACAUUUGGUUUUGGAAGAGAGGGCGAAGAUUAACUGUGAACAUUCUUAUGCAUAUUUUAAAAGUAGAGGAGACAUAUCCAGUUUUGAAUGGUUAGAGGGACAUUUAUCUGAACAAGUACCACUAAACGAAGGACAACUUUUGGUUUCAACACAUUAUUCGUCAAUUAACUUUAAAGAUAUUAUGGCGGCUUCUGGGCGUGUAAAUCCCGAAAUGAUACAUCCACAUCGACUUGGCCAAGAAUUUCUAAUAGGGUUUGAAUUUUCAGGAAAAGAUUUAAGUGGUCGUAGAAUAGCUGCUAUGACUAACAAUCAAGGUAUUUCGUCCGCUGUUACUCUCGAUUCUUCCUUAGUUUGGAAAAUACCAGACUCAUGGACACUUGAAGAUGCAGCAACGGUUCCUGUUGUCUAUUCCACUGUUAUUUAUGCUCUUUUAAUGGUUGGCGAUAUGAAACCAAGUUCUUCAGUUCUUAUUCACUCCGCCACUGGUGGUAUCGGACUAGCUGCCUUGAACAUUUGCCUUUACUACAAAUGCGAAAUCUAUGUAACCGUAGGCACUCAGGAAAAACGAGCUUAUUUAAGAGAAAAUUAUCCACAAAUCCCGGACAACCAUAUCGGGAAUUCACGAGACACCUCAUUUGAACAAAUGAUCAAAAGAGAAACCCGGAAUAAAGGGGUUGACAUCAUUUUGAACUCCCUAAGUGAGGAUAAAUUGCAGGCUUCGAUUAGGUGUUUAGCACGAGGAGGAAAGUUUAUGGAAAUUGGCAAAUACGAUUUGGCGAAUGACAGUUCUUUAAAUCUUUUGUUCAUGGAAAAAGAAGCCAGCUAUCAUGGCAUAUUGUUAGAUGUGGUAUUUAGAAACUUUAAAGAAAUGAAGCCCAAGCUGGUCAAACGUUUAACGGAGGGAAUUGAAGCAGGUUUUGUAAAACCACUUCCCAGGAUUGUGUUCAGGGCAGAUGAAGUUGAAAAAUCUUACAGAUACAUGAUGAUAGGUAAACAUAUUGGGAGGAUAUUGCUCAAGCUGCGGAAUGAAGAGGAAGAUAGUGGCAGUAAAUUCCAGAUUAUGUCAAAUCCACGUUUCCACUGUGACGUGCGUUGCACCUACGUCGUUAUUGGAGGACUAGGCGGAGUUGGUUUAGAAUUAAGCGACUGGUUGAUUGUGAGAGGCGCAAGAAAACUAGUACUAACUUCGAGAUCGGGUAUACAAAAUGGUCACCAUCAGCAAAGAAUAAACAUUUGGACAACCUAUGGUGUCGAAGUUAAAAUUUCUACAAAAGACGUAACGACUGAGCAAGGAUGCGAAGAUUUAAUUAAAGAAGCGACUACCCUUGGACCUGUCGAUGCUAUUUUUAACUUAGCAGUUGUCCUCAAAGACACACUCUUUGAAAAUCAAACUCAUACAAAUUUCGAAGCUUCCUUGGCACCUAAAGCACGCGCUACCCUAUAUAUGGAUCGAGUCACUAGAAAAUUGUGUCCAAAACUAAGGCACUUUGUUGUAUUUUCGUCAGUAUCAUGUGGUCGUGGAAAUCCGGGCCAGAGCAACUACGGUAUGGCAAACUCUGUUAUGGAAAGAAUAUGUGAAAAUCGAAAGCGAGGAGGACUACCAGCCGUAGCUAUCCAAUGGGGCGCAAUCGGUGAAGUAGGUUUGGUGGCGAAAAUGCAGAAGGAGAAUAAAGAGUUAGUAAUUGGUGGUACUCUUCAACAAAAAAUUUCAAGUUGUGUGGAGGUAUUAGAUGUGUUAUUGAAACACGAAUAUCCGGUUGUUUCUAGUAUGGUGGUUGCUAAAAAACACGAUAAAAGUGGCAUUGUUAGUGCAGUAGAAGCGGUUGCGCAUGUUUUAGGAAUAAAAGACAUGAAAACUAUAAGCCAGUAUACGACGUUCGCAGAACUCGGUAUGGAUUCACUGAUGGGAACUGAGAUUAUUCAACUUUUAGAGAAAGAUUUUGGGAUCUAUGUAACAUCCAAAGAUGUGAGAAGUUUAACAUUUGCAAAACUGACUGAAAUGGAGGCAGAGAAAACGAAAGCGUCUGAAGAAGUUGUAAACAAAAAAAUAGAAGAAGGCACAAGUUUACUUAUUCAGUUUAUUCCCAAUAACGAAAAUAGUCAUCUGUCUGUUGUUAAAUUAAAUAGUCGAGUGGAACCAGAUGUAGAAGCUCCAACCGUAUUAGUGUUACCAGGAGUGGAAGGUAUCUUCCAACCGCUAGAUUUUUUGACGACUUCAUUGAAAGCACAUGUGAUAGGAGUACAGUACAACUAUAAAAAUUCAGAGGACUCUAUUGAGGAGCUUGCACGGAAUACAUUGCCACACAUCAAACAUUAUUUAACCAGGAACACCUCCUUUUACAUUAUUGGAUAUUCAUUCGGAACUCUAGUCGCUCUAGAAAUGAUCAGUUUGCUAGAAAAGAAGGGCUAUACUGGUAUUCUGAUUUUAAUCGACGGCUCACCAGCGUAUUUAACUUCAUCUUUAAAAAAACAGGUCGCGCAUGAAACUGAAGCCCAAUUCCAAACUGCUAUUUUGAGCAAAAUUUCUGCUUUCGUGGUUCCAUUGGAUCUAUUUUCACAAUGUGAGGAAUCUUUACUGAAAGCUAAAGAUUUUGAAGAACGAAUCGAUUUGUUUUUGGCGUUGAUACCCCCCGAAACAAGUAACAAACAAAAGUUAGAAAAGCAGGCAGGUGUUGCACUAUACCACCGGUGCAAAGCUAUGCUUAACUAUACGUUUCAAAAUGAGAAAAUUAAAUCGUCAGUGCAUCUGUUCAAGGCAAAAUAUUCCAUGGUUGACGAAGAGGAUGAUUAUCAAUUGUCACAAAUAAGCGAAAACCUGGCGCAAGUAACUGCGAUAGAUGGUGACCAUGUAACAAUUUUGAAAAACCCAGAUCUUGUCACAGGUGUCAAUGAAAUUGUAGCCCUGAAAUCAUAA